AUGGCCACAAACCCUGGAAUUGAAAUCUGUAGAAUCAUCACUGGUGUUGAUGUGAGCAUGAACACUCACUUGAAGACGGUUAAAAUGAGCCUUAAAGGGAAGAACCCAGUGACAAUGGAUCAUCUAAGCUUGAGGGGUAACAACAUACGCUACUUCAUUCUUCCUGAUAGCUUGAAUCUGGAGACUUUACUUGUUGAAGACACUCCUCGUCUUAAACCUAAGAAGCCUGUUGCUGGGAAGCCUGUUGGACGCGGCCGUGGACGUGGUGGUCGUGGCCGCGGUGGUGCUCGUGGAGGCAGAGGUCGUUAAAUAGAGCACUGGGAACCCUUUUUGUGUCUGAAUUUGUAGUAGGAGAAUGUAUUGAACUAUGUAUCUUGCAAUGGGAACAUCUGAUUAGGUAAAUGGUAUGAUUAACGCUCGUAAAGAAAGUUACUAAGUAAUGUAAAUUCAUUGAUA